GUUAAAAUUAAAUUAUUUCGUUAAAUUUACACAUAUAAUAUAAUUAGAUUUUUAAUAAUUAAAGCUGUAUCGAUGUAAACCUGAUAUUAAGAAUAUGUCAAAAAAACCAUUUGUAUCUCUGUCAACAAGACACAGAAGACGAUUGGUUUCUAAUCUUUGUGAGGAUAAAACGAGAGAUGAUGAUGUUGAAAUGGGAAAUGAAUGUAGGAUUGACAUAGAAAAGAUACAACAAUACUUAGUUCUUGAACAGUUUGAUAACGCUAAUACUCAAAAUAAAAACUCAGAAAGCAUUUUUACAAGUAAUCAAGAUAUUGAAGAACAGAAUGAUCAGUUAGUAGAAUUGUCUGAAAAAAGCCACAAUUUUAAACAAAAAAUUUCCAAAUGGGCAGUUGAAGAAAGAAUUAAUAUGUCUUCACUUGAUCGAUUGUUAAAAAUACUUAAAACACAUGAUUGUCAUAAAGAUUUACCAUCAUGUGCUAGAACACUACUUGAAACACCAAAGUUUACUGUCACAAAAAAUGUUCCUGGUGGAAUUUAUUGGCAUUAUGGGUUAAAAAAUGGUAUAUUAGAUUUUUUAAGAAAAGCAAAGUCAUUCCACCUUCAAGAUAAUACCACCAUUCAACUAAUGGUUCAUCUAGAUGGCCUUCCUGUCAGUAAAUCAUCGACUAAUCAAUUAUGGCCUAUAUUGGGUUCUUUUUUCAAAAUCAACUAUGUUUUCAUAAUCGGCCUCUAUCAUAGCUUAAAUGUAAAACCACAAGAAGUUAAUUCUUUUUUAGAUGAUUUUGUAACAGAAGUGAAUGAAUUAUCACAACAUGGUAUAAGGUAUGAAAAUAAAGUAUUGCCCUUUGAAUUAAAAAUGUAAUGUGCUGAUGCGCCUGCUAAAGCAUUAAUAUUACAAAUCAAAGGACAUUCAGGCUACAGUAGUUGCACUAAAUGCAAUGUAUCUGGUCAUCAUUGUGAACGACGUAUUUGUUUCCCCAAUGUUAUUGGAGAAAAACGUACUGAUCAACAAUUUUUAGAUAAAGUUGAUCAAAAUUACCAUUUAGGCAUUAGUCCACUAACCAAAAUUUCAAAUUUUGGUUUAGUAUCUCAAGUGCCUAUUGAUUAUCAACAUGCUGUAUGUCUGGGUGUAUGUAAAAAACUUCUCACUUUAUGGUUUCAAGAUGAACUUAAAUUCAGAGUACCAUUUGCCAAGCGCUCUUUAAUGUCAUCCAUGUUACUUGAUGAUAUUCGUCCUUUUGUUCCAAGAGAAUUCCAGCGUAAACCUCGAGCUCUCACAUAUUUUAAUCAGUUUAAAGCUACUGAACUAAGAAACCUAUUGUUAUAUACAGGAGUAAUAAUUUUCAAAAAUUGUGUUAAUGAUGAUAUUUAUAACAAUUUUUGCUUAUUGCAUGUUGCCAUGACCAUACUAUGCUCACCUACCUAUUGCAUCAGUAAAAAUAAUAUAAAGUAUGCACAAAAUUUGCUUCAAUACUUUGUCACUACUUUUAAAAAUAUAUAUGGUCCACAUCGUGUCAGUCAUAAUUUCCAUAGUCUACUCCACAUAUGUGAUGAUGUUGUAAAUUUUGGAGCAUUAGAUAAUUUUAGCUAUUUCAAAUUUGAAAACUAUAUGACAAAAAUAAAAGGAUUAUUACAUAAAUAUGACCAACCUUUACAACAAAUUGCAAGAAGGUUGCAUGAAGAAUAUUUACAUAGUACUGAUAAGUCUUUUUAUGAAAAAAAAAAAACUAAAUUUAGCAAUCCUUACUCUGAUGGUCCUUUAUUAGAAUUUUGUAGUAAACCCUGUUUUCAAAAAAUAAAAUUUAAUGAUUUUAUUUUAAUUGCUGGCAAUAGAAAAGAUAACUGUUGUAGACUUGAUCAUAAUUCAAUAGUAAUAAUUGAAAACUUUGCAUUCCAUUCAAAGUUGAAUUUUCAUGUGGUUAUUGGAC